CUGACGGGAGUUUCAUCCAAGUUUGGCACUUAGUUUUACGCACUGACAUCUUCAACUACUUAUCGCGUUUUGUGCCGUGUCAGGGUGCACAGAAGAGAGGAUGCAACCAAACCACAAACUGACGAGAUAACAGGCUAAGAAGUGUUUUUUUUUUUCUUUUGCCACGACAGCAUUUGACACGAUGAGUUCUCCUUUCUUCUACUGUUUAACUUCCUAUGAUGCAACGACCCCAUAACAACACAUAACCUAUCGUACUUGGAAUAUCUUUGAAAAUACGCAUGGGAUUAUCGUUUUGUAAUUAAAACACACGUACAGUUUUAUUUGUAGUAGCAGGCGCACCGUUUGGCACAGCUCCAGUUUCGCAUCACCUCACCGCGCGUCCGGGAGCUCUGAAGCCGGGCGGAGAUGCAGCAGGAGCGGCUUCUCAAAGUGCUGGUGAUCGGGGAUCUGGGAGUGGGGAAGACGUCCAUCAUAAAGCGCUACGUGCACCAGGUUUUCUCGCAGCAUUAUCGCGCGACCAUCGGCGUGGACUUCGCUCUCAAAGUGCUGAAUUGGGAUCAUAAGACCGUGAUUAGGCUCCAGCUCUGGGACAUUGCUGGUCAGGAGCGCUAUGGUCACAUGACGCGCGUGUACUACCGCGAGGCAGUGGGGGCGCUAGUGGUCUUUGACAUGACUCGGCUCUCCACGUUUCAGGCCGUCCUCAAAUGGAAAGGAGAUCUGGACUCAAAGGUGGCGCUGAGUAACGGCCGGCCAGUUCCUGCGGUUCUUUUGGCCAAUAAAAGUGACCAGCGUCGCUUGGGCCUCUGCUCCAAAGUGCCCAAACUGGAGUCCUUCUCACAGCAGUACGGCUUCGUGGGCUGGUUUGAGACUUCAGCUAAGGACAACACAAACAUUGACAGCGCCAUGACUUGUUUGGUGAAGCACAUCAUGUCACUGCAGGAGGACGGCCUUACCUCGGACCCAUCACCAGAGGGCGCUGUGCUGGUGCUGCCACAGUUCGACUACCACCUCCGAGAGAAGAGGCACAGCAGCUGCACCGGUUGCCCUUCCCUCAAAGCCACCGACUCAGACGAUUAAAGCUACAUUCAGGAACUUGACACUGUUUCUUUGGCUCCUACUGUUCUCUUUCAGUGUAUUUAUCACAUGUAUUUAUUCCCUAUGGAUGCUGUUAGAAAAAACAAAACAAAAAACAUUAAUAUAACAAAGAUUUUUUUUAUACAUAACCCAAUUAAAGUCACAUGUUAACAAAUAUGUGAUAGUUAUAGAAAUAUGGACAUUUUUAACACAUAACUUGUAUUUGAAAUGUAUAGUUGUUUUUAUUAUUUAAAAUAAAUCAACUGCUGUCAAUUCAAA